AUGCUUGCAAAAAUCCAUGGCAGAAUUAUCAAUGUUUACAAUGAUCAAUCAUCAUCAUCAUUCAAGUAUAAGGAAACAUUGAAUGAUAGCUCGUACAAGCAUCACUAUAUUCUCCACCACGGAAACGGAGAAUGGCAACGAGUCGAGCCCAAAAAUAUUAUGAAUAACAUCAUAAUUGACACGGAUUUAUUUGAAUAUCAGUCCAUCAUGACCAAUCCUUCACGUUCCUUCCCUAUCUUCUUAGAUUUCCUUAAAAAACAGAAGGCUGAGAAACAGAUCAUCACUUCUGUGGAGAUGCUCAAUCCUGAAAACGGUGAUACACCGGAUAAAUUGUUUCAGUUGCUUUUGAAACGCUUUCACUCGCAUCAAAAUGAAUGCUCCCAGGAAGAUGACAAAAAUGGGGAAAAUUCGAAUUUGAAAUCGAUGUUGGAAAUGAAUAUAUAUAUAUGGAAAUGGAUAGAAGACCUCAAUAGCCGAAAUUUUAGUCCCAUCUUCUACUUGAACAUCAUCAAAAACAACUCGCCCAACCAAUGGAUACGCAAUUUUGUAAUACUUGAAAUAUACGACCGAUUAACUGAGGAGUCCAAUGAAAUCGGUAGUAUACAAAAAGAGUUGGAUAAAAUAGCCGAGGGAAUGCCAUCUCUCUUGCCUGUUUUACGAGAUCGGGUUGUCACAUCCGACAGCUGUGCCGCGUUACAACCCCAGAAUUUGUUGCGGCUUUUAAAAACGAUAGCGAAAGACUGCGGACAAAGUGAUGGAAUUACAAGACAACAAUGGCCGGAGCUUCAACAACUGCCUCUCAGCGAUUGGUAUUACCAUUUAAGAAGCAAAGUGUUGGAAAAGAAAGCCAUCAGCGAUUCGAGUAAUCCUGAAGCCGUUUACAAGUUACUGGAACUCGAAUUCGAAAACGAUCCGAACUUGAAAACUUUGCUAAAUACUCCUAUCCAAAAACGUGUCGAAAGAAACAUUGACGAUAUCAUAAAGACGAUGACAGAGGAUAAACCUAAGCUGGAAGUUCGACAGAGCGUAGCAUACACAAAGAUGUUGCGUGGCAUGAAAGAAAAGGUGGAGAAAUCUAAACAAAAGCCAUUUGACGACAAACCGGAUGAAGAAAGAAUAAAGAAAUUGAUCAGCAAAUGGCAAACGAAAGGUUUAAACGAUACUUCUUUUUUCGAUUUUCUCUACGUCUUUGAUUACGCCGUACAGAAAACGUGCACGAAGGAAGGAGACAAACAAAUAUUUCAACUACGUGACACCCAGAGAGUGGCGAUCCUUACAUUGCUGACAUCCAAAGAAAAAACUACGUUAACACAAGUAUCAACUGGUGAAGGUAAAUCGCUUAUCGUCGCGGGUGUCGCAAUUGCGUUUGCCCUUGGUCGAAACCAAGAAAACAAGAGUAAGAACGUAGACGUUAUUACAAGUAAUGACGUGCUGGCUCACCGUGAUUCCAUGCUGUUGGUAACCGAUGGUGGACUGCGGAAUCUUUACGAAUAUUUCAAUGUCAGUGUAGCAAACAAUUGCAGCCAAUCGGUCGACGAACGAACACAAGCCUACAAUGCAGCAGUCGUUUAUGGACAAUUGGCAAAUUUCCAGCGAGAUUAUUUGCUGGAUAAAUUCUACGAUCACAACAUCCGCGGUGACCGCACCAUGGACUUUGUCAUUAUUGAUGAAGUCGAUUGCAUGUUGCUCGAUCGCGGUAACAAUACGCUAUACCUAUCGCACGACAUCCCUGGCAUGGAGAUGCUCGAAUCUCUUUACGUUUUUAUUUGGGAAAAGAUACGCAGCCCUUCCUUCGGAUCGGAUAAAUUAAACAUAAGGGAAUCCGUCAAAUCAGCCGUUCUGUACGACCUUUACGGUGCUAUAACUAAAGGCGAUUUAGAAUCGAUUCACAACCCAUUGAAGGACCAACCAUCGGAAAAGAAUGCGCUCUGGGAUCACUUAAUUGAAACAAAAGUAAUCGACCCACAAGGACGACUGUUGAUGGAAGACAAGAUUGAAAACAUCAGAUUCAAACAACUUUUGGAUCCCAAAAUUAUCUUUUAUCUCCGUAACGUGGCAAAACGUGAGCGGAGUAUUCGAAUACCUGAGCAUUUGAUGUCCUUUGUCGAUCGUCAUCUCCACAAUUGGCUGGACAAUGCCAUGCAGGCACUGGAACUCAGACGAGACGAGGACUACGUCGUCGAUCAAGACCGAACAGACACUAGUCCGGAUCUCAAUCCUCAAGUGAUUAUCAUCGACCAGGAAACUGGGGUGGAUCAGACUUCGUCGCAGUGGGAUGGAGCACUGCAUCAAUUUAUUCAGCUAAAGGAAGGAUGUAAAUUGACGCCACAAAGUAUAAAAGCCUAUUUCAUUUCUAAUGCAAGAUACAUCAAGACUUAUGAAAAGGCGGCAGGUGUUUCGGGUACGCUGGGAUCCGUAACAGAAUCACAGUUCAUGCAAAGAAACUAUGAAAAUCUUCAGUUUGUCAUCCCAACAGCUUUUCAAAGAUGUUUCUACUUGAAACCAACGCAAGUCUUUAAAUCAAAGGACGACUGGCUCGAUGCCAUCGUCAAAGAAGCACGACAGAUUAUUCAACCUAAAGAUCAAGCUAAAGCUCGUUCUCUUGUCAUCUUCUGUCAAUCAAUCAAAGAUGUGAAAGUUAUUCACCAAGACCUUACAAAUGCAUUAGGAUCAGAACGCAAUGAUAACCACAUCCAUUGCUACACACGUGAUUAUGAAAAGUUUGCUUUCGAAGGUAAAUCACUUAAAAUUGGUCAAGUGAUCGUCGCCACUAACUUAGCGGGCAGAGGCACCGAUAUCAAAAUAAGCGAGAAGUUGAGAGAAAACGGAGGUUUGCACAUUUGUCUAACUUUCCUGCCGAAAAAUGAGCGAAUUAAAGAGCAGGCGAUGGGACGUUCUGCUAGAAAUGGAGCACCUGGAAGUGGAGUCUUCAUCUUGUACGAAGAAUCAGAAAAGGAAUGGGGUGCAGAAAAAUGGUUCAGCAUGAAGGAGGAGCGUCAAUGGAGAGAAAAACAACGAAUAUCCCGUUUGCAAAAAGAUUUCGAGACAAUGUACCAGGAACAACAAAUUUUUGAUGAUUGGUCGAAAAAAUAUACCAAACUGAAGCAAGAACUGAAAAACCAAAGACGUGAUGGUCAGGAAAUUAAAACAAUCUGCGAGAAUGUGCUGGAUGAUUUUUCUUUUUGGCUUGACCAAUUGGAGGAUUAUCGUGAUCAGCUCUCUAUGGGUGAAUUUGAAAUUUUCCGUGCUGAAUUUAAGUUGCCAGACAUCGGUGAGAUGAAGGACACUAGUUGGAUGACGCCAGUUCGCUCCGUCGCCAUGGCCAAACAUAUGAUUACGCAAAUCGACACAAAAAAAAAGAAAAAAUCUCUGAUUACGCAAAUCGACAAAGAAAAAAAGAAAAAAUCUCUGUCGAAAGCAGGUGAAAUUCUGAAUCGAGUCAUCGCUUCAAAGGAUAGUUCUUUGUAUCCAGCUGCUCAUUACUACCUUGCUUUCAUUUUGUUUGAAGAGGAUUUUGAGGAUAACAAAGACAAAGUCAUUCAAAUUGUGCAAACGUGUGAAACUAUUUUGAACACUCACAUAAACAGGCACUUGUCCUUUUAUCGCAAAGUUCCCCGUGCAGCGCCUGAGCAAACCCCGUCGUUCUGCGUCGUCGACGCCUAUAAACAGCAAAAAAACAAUAUGGUGAAGAUCCUCGAAUAUUUCAUCGGUUCCGUCCGGGCUUUACUUGGCAGUCAUUAUUGCUCAGCCUCUAAUCUCAAGGAAGCUGGGCGAGAUCCCCCCGAAAAACUUGGAGUCGUCAAAAUGAAAAUGAAAAAAAUUCUAACAUCUAUACAGAAACAAAAUGCUUCCCAUUUCCCGCGUUUUCAGAAAAAAGGAAUGAUGAACCUAAAUGCCACAAAAUUGAUCCCGAAAAAGCGGACAAACUCUUUCAAUCGCUGGUCAAAGAAGAGUGCAUCACCUGUCAGCUCAACGACAUUCAUACAGUCCCUAAUUUGA